AGCUCACCUGCAGUGGCAAAUCACCCCCUCUGUUAACACCGGCACCAUCCUUCCGUUAGCUUUUAACAGUUCGCUCAUAAGCCCUUCCUCCGUCAAUGUCGUCGAGUACCACCGACCCAAAAGUCAUCUUCAAGCUGGCUCUCCGCGUGGUCUGUGUCUCCUGGCAAUAUGCCGCUCAAUUACUCUAUUUACGCUAUCUCGGACUCAAAUCCAAUGCUCUAUUAGUAUUGCUUCCGCUGGAGAAUCAAACAGGCCGACAAUGCUGUCGGAUCUACAACUAUUGCUCCCACAAAAUCCACAGGAUUUUUCUACCACAACUCCAGGGAGGAUGGUAUACUGCAUCCUCUCAUGGCUGGCUUCUCACCGUUGCCAAUCAAGCCAUUCAUCUUUUAAAUCCCAUCACCAGCACCACCGUUAGGCUUCCUCCUGAGAAACGAUUCAGGAGGCCGGAGAUCUGCCUGAUGAGUUCCAAGAAGCCGGAGUUUACGAGGGUGAUCACCUCCACCAUUCCAAGGGAUCCUCUCUGCAAAGUCCUGGCCAUCCAUCCCGGUAAACACGGACAUAGUUUUUCCUUUUGCAGAACAGGGGAUCAUGCAUGGAUCAGAAUACACAACUUCGUGGGACGGUGUUCCGAUGCAAUAUUCUACAAGGGUGACUUCUACGCCAUUGAUUUUUACGGUUACAUCUGGGUUAUUCAACCUACCGUCAACAACUUUCAGAAAGCAGUGAAACUGAGUGUAGAACCAGUCAAAGAGGGAUGCCAAUGCUUUUACUUGGUGGAGGUGAAGGGUGAUCUGUUGAUAAGGGUGAAGAAACAAUGUUUACUCAGUGCUUGUUAUAUUUACCGAAUGGACUGGGAGAGGAAAUCAUGUUCGGAUGAAAGUUAACGAAAGGAUGGUGCCGGUGUUAACAGAGGGGGUGAUUUGCCACUGCAGGUGAGUUGAGGGGGUGAUUUGCGCGUGAAGUGGGUUGAGGGGGUGAUUUGCCACCAGUGGUUGAGUUGAGGGGGUGAUCUGCACCUUUUGCCAAAGAUUAGCUACCUCAAUUCACUAUUAUUUUCAGUGUUUUUUUUUCUUUUUCUUUUAAAGCAAAAAAUACCGCUUUAGUAC